AUGGAUCUGCUUCAAAGGUUACAGCCGCGGGACUCGACCAGUGAUUUCCUUCAACUUAUUGCGGAUCCUUUCAAAUCACAGUUCACCACUAGCUCUAUUUGGGCUUCAUUAGGCACCUCCAUCGGCAUCUCAAUUCUCCUCGCUCUCCUCUUCUCCCUUUUCCGACCUCGUCACUCGCUCGUCUACGCUCCUAAAGUCAAACAUGCCGACCAAAGACACGCUCCGCCCCCGGUGGGCAAAGGAUUCUUCUCCUGGAUCAAACCCGUCAUCAGUACCCGAGAAGCGCAACUGGUGGACACCGUUGGAUUGGAUGCGGUUAUCUUCUUGCGCUUCAUCAAGAUGUGUCGCAACAUCUUCAUCUGCAUGAGCAUUAUUGGCUGCGCAAUUAUGAUUCCGGUGAACUUGGCAGAAAGCAAAUCCAACGCUAACUAUUCAUCGCUCUCUGUGUUGGAACUCAUGACACCCCUUUACGUGACAAAUACGAUGGCUAUAUGGAGUCAGGUGGCAUGCGCUUGGGCAUUCGAUAUUAUCGUGGUUUUCUUUCUUUGGAGGAAUUACCGGGCUGUGCGGGCUCUGCGGAGAAAGUAUUUCCAGAGCUCGGACUACCAGCGAAGUCUUCAUGCGCGAACUCUCAUGAUCACCGAUAUUCCUGCACCGGAUCGCUCCGAUGAAGGCAUUCUGCGAAUCACAGACCAGGUCAACCCUACGGCCGCUUUGCCUCGCGCUGCUAUUGGUCGUAACGUGAGGGACCUGCCGAGUAUCAUCAAGGAACACGACGAGGCCGUGCGACAGCUGGAGUCUAUACUUGCCAAAUAUCUUAAACGGCCCGACAACUUGCCUGCGAAGCGUCCCCGUAUCCGUCCACCUCGCAGCCAGCGCGACAAGCAUCCGGAUGGGAAAGUGGACGCCAUUGAUUACCUGACGGUACGCAUCCGGGUUCUAGAGGAGCAAAUCAAGCAUGGUCGAGCCUCUAUCGACCGCCGGGAUGCAAAGCCCUAUGGAUUUGCUAGCUGGGAGGAGAUCGGACAUGCACAUGCGGUUGCCUGGACGGCGCGAAAAAAGCAUCCCAAAGGCACUACCGUCAGGCUUGCUCCUCGCCCCAGUGAUCUGAUCUGGGAGAACUUGCCACUUUCCAAGUCCUCACGCAAGUGGAAACGAUUUGUCAACUCCAUCUGGGUUACUGCGCUGACCAUGGUCUGGGUUGUUCCUAACGGUCUGAUCGCCAUCUUCCUCUCCAACUUGUCAAAUCUGGGUCUCGUGUGGCCCGCUUUCCAGACCCAACUGGCGGCCAAUCCUAAUGUUUGGGCUGCGGUUCAAGGUAUUCUUUCACCCGCAGUGACUUCCAUUGUUUAUCUGGUGCUGCCUAUCAUUUUCCGACGCCUUUCGAUCCGGAGUGGCAGCAAGACUAAGACUGCUCGUGAGCGGAAAGUCAUGGGCCAAUUGUAUGCAUUCUUUGUCUUCAACAACUUAAUAGUUUUCUCGCUCUUCUCCGCUGCCUGGACAUUCGUGGCAGCCGUUAUCGAUGAUACCGACAACAAUGAAAGUGCUUGGCAGGCCAUUGUUGACAGUGCGCUCUUCCAGAAGUUGGUGAGCGCCCUUUGCAAUGUGUCUCCAUUCUGGAUAACCUACCUCCUGCAGCGCAACCUGAGUGCAACUAUCGAUCUCGUUCAGAUGAUCAGCUUAGUCUGGGUGUGGUUUGCCAAGACAUUUCUUUCGCCCACACCACGUCAAGCAAUUGAAUGGACUGCACCUCCUCCUUUCGACUAUGCGAGCUAUUACAACUAUUUCCUCUACUAUGCUACUGUUGCAAUGUGCUUCGCCACUCUCCAGCCGAUUGUAUUGCCGGUGACUGCAUUGUACUUUGGUUUCGAUGCCAUUUUGAAGAAAUACCUGCUCAUGUAUGUGUUUAUCACGAAGAAUGAGUCUGCCGGUGCAUUCUGGCUGGCCAUAUUCAACCGUAUGGUCUUUGGAACUAUCCUCGCCAACGUUAUCAUCGCCCUAGUCGCCCUGUCGCAGGGUACCCGGACCAUGGCGUAUUGCGUCAUCCCACUCCUGUUUAUCAUGAUUGGGUUCAAAAUCUACUGCUCGCGAACCUUUGAUGCAGACUGCGAAUACUACAACCGCGCCAAUCUCAAUGACGCCGAGGCACUGGGUCCCACCAAAUCGGACAAGAAGGCUGCGGACCGCCUAAACGCGAAGUUCGGUCACCCGGCCUUGUACAAGCCACUCAUGACCCCCAUGGUUCAUGCCCGUGCAGCUGAAACGCUCAAGAAGAUCUACCAAGGCCGCUUGGAUGGCGGCGACAUGGUAGGCGAGUACUCAGACAUCGCCAUGAACCCGAUGCUGUCGUCCCAGCCCGGCAAGGCUGCCGACCCGGCGCCAUUUGAGGUUGUGCCCGAGAACCAUCUAGACUUCUCGUACUACAAGGACCGUGCCGACUUCCGUGAAGAAUUCGGUGGAGGCAUAUACGGCCGUCCAGAGGAUCUGAUGACAGAACGUUCUCAAACCCCUCGUACAUUGGGCGGCGAUUGGUCUCCCAGCUCUUCGCGUGCUUCUUCGCCUGCCCCGUCCUUGCCAUCCAUGUCUGCACUGAGGGUACACGAGAGCUACGGGCCUACUGAUGACACAGGCCUUAUCCACCCUGCAUUCCGUGUUCCACUUUCGCGGGGCGACAGUGGCAAUGAUGUCGGUGGAGGCUUGUAUCACCACUCCAACGAGAGUGAGACUCAACUCCUCAGCAGUGCGCAACCACCCGCGCAGGCCGAUGCCAAUGCGCUUGAUCGCUGGCGUACUGGGGGCAGCGGCUAUGGUCCUGUUGAACAACAGGGAGAGGAGGAGGAGUAUAACCCUUACACAUACACAUCGUAUGAUGCCUAUCGGGCACCACGGUAG